AUGGAACCUAUGGAAGAGUCUAUUACUAGAGCAUAUGGAAGGGUGGAUGCAGAUGGUUCCAGCCUCAGGUAUAAGUUAAGAGUUUUCCAGCAGAAGCAAUCAAUUCUCUUGCUUGCAAUACUGAUGGUUGCAACUGGUAGAUUAUUAAAGAAAUGGCAUGGAUCCAAUGCAAUUAUCUUAUCUGCUUCUCUAGAUCGUACUUGCAAGGUAUGGAGCCUAACUAGAGGGACAUUGUUGAGAAAUAUUGUGUUCCCUUCAAUAAUUGAUGCAGUUGCAUUAGAUCCAGGGGAACAUGUUUUUUAUGCUGGUGGGAGAGAUGGGAAAAUAUACAUUGCAGAACUCAAUGCUCAAGUCACAUCCAACAACAACAACAACAACUAUGGUUUGCAUAUCAUUGGCACAUUAUCUGAUCAAAGUAAGGCUAUAUGCUCUUUGGGUUUUGCAUUGGAUGGAUAUCAAUUGGUUGUUGGAUCAGUGGAUGGAAUGGUUCGUGUUUGGGACACUAAAACUCGUAAUAUCAUUCGUCUUUUUAAACACGCAAAAGGUCCUGUUAACAAUAUUGUUGUUAUGCGACAACCAGUAGCGCUUUACCCUCGAACAGUAGCAAAUAAUAAUCAAGGUCCAAUGGGAAGAAGACACUGUGUCAAGAUAUUUUCACUACCCGAUUUAAAUCUCAUCACUGAAGAACAUCUAGGUGGCGAAAUAAUACCACGUUUUGUUCUUCUUUGUGCCUUUGAAGGGAUACCUUACUUGUUGUGUGCACUUGGGGAUGGGCAUCUUUUGAACUUUUUUACUCAACACAAGCACAUGCGAAUUAACAGACAGAAAAAAAGUGUCAUUUGGGAAAGAAUUAAGAAUGUUGUCAGAGGCUGUAAGAGAUGCUGGAGCCCUUAGAGAAGCUAAGGACAAACUGGAGAAGUGAGUUGAAGAGCUGACAUGGAUUAGACUUUGAAAAGCAUUUGAGGGUAU